GGAGAGGAGGAGCCAGCCGGGCAGACCCCACCUCCGCAGAGGUGACAGGCGAAGCCGGGUGCGGAGGGCGCCGCGCCUGAUGUCCAGACGGUGCCGUGCGUGCAGUGAGCGGAGCUGCCGGGGGCCGCUCUGCCCGCGCCCGCUGCCGGCAUGCGGGAUUACGACGAGCUGAUCUCCUUCCUGGGCGAGUGGGGCCCCUUCCAGCGCCUCAUCUUCUUCCUGCUCAGCGCCAGCAUCGUCCCCAAUGGCUUCAACGGCAUGUCCGCCGUCUUCCUGGCCGGCACCCCCGAGCACCGCUGCCGGGUGCCCGCCGGCGCCAACCUGAGCCGCGAGUGGCUCAACGCCAGCAUCCCCCGCGAGGUGCAGGGCGGCCGGGAGGGGCCCAGCAGGUGCCGCCGCUACCGCCUGGAGUCGCUGGCCAAUUUCUCCGCGCUGGGGCUGCAGCCCGGCAGGGAUGUGGAUCUGAGUCAGCUGGAGCAGGAGAAGUGCCUGGACGGCUGGGAGUACAGCCGGGAGCUCUACCUCUCCACCAUCGUCACCGAGUGGAAUCUGGUAUGUGAUGAUGACUGGAAAACCCCCCUGACUACCUCCUUGUUUUUUGUGGGGGUGCUUAUUGGAUCCUUUAUAUCAGGACAGCUCUCAGACAGGUUUGGCAGGAAGAGUAUUCUCUUUGCAACCAUGGCAGUGCAGACUGGCUUCAGUUUUGUGCAGAUCUUCUCUACCAGCUGGGAGAUGUUCACAGUGCUGUUUCUUAUAGUUGGCAUGGGACAGAUCUCGAACUACGUGGUGGCCUUCAUUCUGGGCACAGAAAUUCUUGGCAAAUCAGUUCGUAUUAUAUUCUCUACAUUAGGAGUUUGCAUAUUUUUUGCAAUUGGCUACAUGUUGCUGCCACUAUUUGCUUACUUCAUCAGAGACUGGCGGAUGCUGCUACUGGCUCUUACAGUACCUGGGGUGCUCUGCGUUCCACUGUGGUGGGUCAUUCCUGAAUCUCCCCGGUGGCUGAUCUCUCAGGGAAGAUUUAAAGAGGCAGAAAUCAUCAUCCGAAAGGCUGCAAAAACAAAUGGCAUUGUAGCCCCAGCUAUGCUGUUUGACUCCACAGAGAUGCAGGAUAUGAAGCUUCAGCAGCAGCAGAAGGCAUACAUUUUGGACUUGUUCAGAACCCGAAACAUUGCAGUUAUCACUGUUAUGUCAUUGUUUUUGUGGAUGUUGACGUCAAUUGGUUAUUUUGGACUGUCACUCAACACUCCCAACUUGCAUGGAAAUGCCUACGUCAAUUGCUUCCUCUCAGCCAUUAUUGAAGUUCCGGCUUAUGUGAUUGCCUGGCUGCUCCUCCGAACCUUACCUCGGCGGUAUUCCAUAUCUGGCACCUUGUUCUUAGGAGGAGGGGUUAUUCUCUUCAUUCAGCUGGUGCCUACAGACUUGCACAUCCUAUCUGUCUUCCUGGUGAUGCUGGGGAAGUUUGGGAUCACAUCCGCAUUCUCAAUGCUUUAUGUCUACACUUCUGAGCUCUACCCAACAAUAGUAAGAAACAUGGCAGUUGGAGCUACUUCCAUGUCUUCCAGGGUGGGCAGCAUCAUCGCUCCUUACUUUGUUUACCUUGGUGCCUAUGACAGAUUCCUGCCUUACAUUCUCAUGGGAAGCCUGACUGUGCUGAUAGGGAUCCUUACCCUGUUUCUCCCAGAAAGCUAUGGAAAUCCUCUCCCUGAGACCUUCGAUCAGAUGCUAAGAGUAAAAGGAUUCAGAAACAGACAACGCACCAACCAUGUAAGGAGUUCAAAGGCGAUUGAAGACUCCAAGACUCAGAUAACAACGCUAUGAUAAGGCUCUGCAUCUCCUGAUGGGCUGGAAAAAGAACAAGUACUGCUCAGUGCAUUUCCUACCAGAAAAAAACCUGGGGUCAAAACUACUGGUGCCACAUAGUUAUGAACCUACAGUCUACAGUGCUAUUGUUCUAAAUAUAGUGCUGUGAAGAUGCCAUCUACUUCCAUAGGAUUCCCCAUAGUUUAUCCGCAGUGACCUGAUUUUCAGAGGUUUUGAUCAGCUGUAGCUUCUGUUUAAGUAGGAAGCUAUGAGUGCUCAGCACCCUUUGAAAAUCAGGUUAUAAGAGAGCAUUCGGAACAGUCACAGCAUUGACUCAAUGGAAUCUUGCACUCAAAAGCUGCUUAAACCUGAAUUGAAAUACCAAAGUCAAAAAUUAGUUCAAGAUUCUAACACCGGUAUUUUCAAAUGAGAACUAUUUCAAAGUCUUAAUGCUUAAAUGAACAUUAAAAAAAAAGUUAGAACAAUAUUAGAUGAAGAGUCAAAUGACAGCGCUGCUUACAGUGCAAUACACUUUAUACUUAUGCUGUUAGUUCCUGCACUACAGGCUUUCGAACAAAUACUGUGCUAGAAGAAAACAGUGUUAUAAUGCUUUCUUAGCAAAAAAGAUAUUUUAGUUGCAUAUCUACUUUCUGGCCAAAUGAAAUCUGUCUAGCCUGCCGGAUUGAUGAUGGCUAAUCAUUAUUCAGAAGGUGACAUUCCCCGACUGUGCAGAGGACCAGCAAAAGGAGUAUAUACCAGUUAAGCCUCAGUCUGAAAGCUUAAGGGCGAUUUGAGUGCUGUGUUUGUCUUGUGCUGGCCCUCGGCCCAGGAGUGAAUUUCACCUUAGUAAGCUUAAACAAAGAGAGAAACUUCAUAACCUCUCACCUACUUAAAUUGUGUAACUGGCAUGCACUGCAAUCUGGGCUUCAUGAAUCUUUUUUGCUUUCAUGUUGAAGCCAGUUGUGGCUGAGAUACAAGUAAUGAUAGAACGACAGUCGUUUAUGAAACUGAAUCUAUCAGGCAAAGGUAUUCAAACGGAAAUUAAAUUGAAGUGCAACAGACUAUUUGUUUCAGGCUUAAAGACUCUGGCUUUGAAAAUUAAACCUUUCUUUUGUAUAAAUGGUUUUGCCAUAUUGACAAUGUAGCGCAAGGCAGCCAUUGUCCUGGGCCAAGGUUCUGUUCCGUUGCUGCUAUCUCAUCUCUUUUCAAACAAAGUUUUCUUCAUAAGGCAUUUGCAAUAUUUAAAGAUUUGAUAUAGCUAAUUUUUUUUUGGUAAUAUAGAGGACAUUCCCUUUGGCCUAGCAUGUAGAAUAACUGUUUAGAUUACUUCAGUUACCAUUCUCAUCAAACCCUUGAUAUUAGAAUGGGAUAGAACUGUUUACAUGAGAUGCGGGGAUUGGGCUUGGUAUAUCGUGGCCAUAUUUUUAUGAAGAUACUUUCUAUAAAAAAGGCGAUACUUAUUCUCUUUUAUGUGAUCAGAGACUUGGAUAUUUCCGAAACCAAUUGAAAUAUUUUUAUACUCUUGUAACUUUUUAGGAUCACAGAAAACUUAAUUUUGCAUGUUUUUAAUUAAAAUAAAAAACAAGUUUGUCUAUGUUUUUGACAGCUUGUUUUUAUCAGUCUUUUUCCCAGGCCGGUAGCACUGAUACAUCUCACAGUUUAAGUAUUAGCAGCUUUAUUUUUAAUGAGAAUGUUUUUGACAUUAGGGGACUGUACUCAGAAGCUUGUGAAACUGUUAUAACAAGGACUUCAAAUUGUGUCUAAACCUAGCAAAAAAGGAGUUACUACACCUGAUGGAGCAUUUGCAAGGAGGCUUUCUGUCUUCUGAUAAAUCUUGCCCAGGUUUGAACAGUGAUGCCUGAAGAAAUCCAUGGAGUGUGACUCUAUGGAGGGAUCAAGAGGGGCAAAAAGUCCAGUUUCUGGCACUAUUAUUAUUUUAUUUAUUUUUUCUUAAAUUGUAAAGCCUUCCUAAGAGAAUUGCAUAGGCUUAAAAUGCUGCUGGACAAGUUUUAACAUACACUUGGUUUCGCCUAGCACUGCAGUCUUCAUGAUAAGUUGUCUGCCUGUCAAAUACAGCUUUGAUUAUAACAUUUUUCAAAUGAGUUAUAAGUUGGGGCUCGAUAUGGGAGCUGUAUAUUUAUGAGCAGUCAGGCUACCACUUGUAAAGCAGUGCUUUGGGGUUGGGGAAGGAGAGGAUUAUUCCCAUUGAUUUUGCUGGGAGUUGUAUUAUUCCUCGUGUGCCCUGAUAAUCACAUAUACCCUGCUGUGUCUGUAUAAUCUAUCCUCAGCAAGAUCUGAAGCUGGUUUAUUGGAGCUGCUGAAGUAUAGACGAAAAUGUGGCAGUUGCCAUUAGCUUGUUUUUUCUUUAUUAUAAUAAAAAUGUGCACUGACUUAUUAUAUAACCUAUUUUCUCUGUGGACUAUAACUGAAAAGAGUGAAGUCUCCUAUGUGUUUAAAACUUUGUGAAAGGAAGUCUCUUUCUUUACGACAUUGACUAAAUUAUGUUUCAGUAACUGGAUAUCCUGGUUAUGAAUCUGUUUGAAUAGGCUCAAAAGGUGUGUGUGUGUGUGUGUGGUGGGGAAAUGCAAGUGAAAUCUAAUCUGCAAGCGGAUGGGAAAAGUUUGCUAAAGCUAGAAGUUCAUUUCACGUUCUUCUUGCACCAAGUUGGGCUUGGUGAAUGUACUUCAACAAUAGAGUCCCAAGAGAGAGCCACUGCUACAGCCGUAGGAGGAUUGUUCUUGGUCUUAAAAGCCUGUGGUAUUUGCAGACUUCUUUAAAAGUUUGCAGAACUCUAGUGACUGAUGUCUGAGCCUAGAACUCCUCGUUGCAAAAUGUUAAAUGCUCUCCAAGUCUUAAAAGGACGCUGUCUAGACCAGGGGUUCUCAACCUUUUUCUUUCUGAGGCCUCCCCAACGUGCUAUAAAAACUCCACAGCCCGCUUGUUCUACAACAUCUCUUUCUGCAUUUCCAGUAGAUUAAAAGCCAGGGCUGGUAUUAGGGGGUAGCAAACAGGACAAUUGCCUGGGCCCCCGCACCAGAGGGGACCUGCAAAGCUAAGUUGUUCGGGCUUCAGCUUCAGCCCCAGGUCCCAGUGAGCCUAAUACCGGCCCUACUCUCUGGUUUAUUUUGGUAGACCCCCUAAAACCUGCUCACAGUUCCCCAGUGGGCCCUGUAAGCCCUGGUUGGGAAGCAUUGGUCUAUCUAGACAAAGCCCUUUUUGGAAGGGUGACUGGAGAGUGGCUUUACUUUGUCUUAUUCUUCAGACUGCAGUGAGGAGCGGCUUCCUUUUUGCUACUGAUGGAUGCUUAAUCGGAAUGUUGUUAGAGUUUAAGCAGAUAUGUUUAACUCACUUGGGGCCCAACAUUUAAACUUUGUAAGACAGCUUUACCAAAAAUACCCCCUACCUGAGACCAAUAGAUACACUGUAUGAAAACAGUUUAGUUUUUUAAACAUAUGCCCUCUGCAGUGUUUGCAAUUCAAACAUUAAAACACAGAACCUGAAAAUGAAACUGACUAAAGAAAAAUGUUGCGGUCUGCACUGACGUCCAUUAUCCAAAGUGAGAUGAAUGUAGGAAGUAAACAAAUAACAUAAAUAGCGGAAAGUAAAAUUAGAUUUGUUUCUAAAUCGGAAGAGUUUUAAAAUCCAGAAUGGUAAAUAUAAGGAAAUAUAUUUAAAAUAUAACUUAAGCGGACAGUAACCCUAUAUCUGUGUGACAUUCCUUGGAAAUGGGGGAUGUACCCCAGCUUAUUAUUAGACAGGUUGAGAAGUCAUUUAACAUUUAGUUAGCAUGGAAUAAGUGUUGGGGGGAGGGGAGGGGAGAGAAUGGGAAGUGGGAGCACUACGGUAAGCUCUUCCAGAAUGGAGAACUAUCAAGGUAGGGCAGUCUUUUGGCUUAAUAACACUGAUCGUGUUCUUUUAAGGUAACUGACUCUUAAGGCCCCAAUCCUGCAAGCUAAUUGGUGUAGGUGCACUCCUGUGCUAACACAACACCACUUUGAAGUCAAUGGGGCUCUGCUUGGGUGCAAAGCCUCUGCCUACAUGGAUCCAUUUGUAGGGUCAGGUGCAUCCUUCCAUGAAAUUUUAAAAUACACGUUCUGAAACACUAAGUUCCCAUGUCCUAUUUAAUUUCCUUUAUGGUAAUUAAGUGUAAAUAGAUGUUCCCCAAGCUGAAAAUGUUCUAAAGGGAAAGUUUAAUAUUCAAUGUAAUUGUUUGGUACCGAUCGGUUUUCAUUUUCUUUUUGGGGACGGGGAAGGAUGGGGUCUUCUAAUUAUUAGUUGCCUAUGGUGCUUGAUGAGACACACGUAAGUUGUAUCUAAUGUUUGUGAGACUAUAGUUUGUUUAUAUGUGGCAUUUUUUUGGGUCUCCUAAUGCUUUGUAUCUGUCAUAAAGUCUGGAAAAUAAAAUCUUAUUGGCAACAAGCA